UUUUUGAAUUUUUCUUUUUUUUUGUCAACCUUUUUAAGUACUAUUUAAAUUGUCAACAUUCUUUAAAUAUUAUUAGUGUAAGAAGAAGUGAGAUAUAUCGUUGUUUCUCUGUGAGAACUAUUAUACUUCUCUUGCACUAUAAUUUAAUAUUUUACUUAUUCUACUGCUACCAAUAUAUAGCUAGUGGUUUAUCGUACAAUAUUAUCAUCCUCAUACUGUCACUCUUUUUCUUUCUUUAUAACCGUUGUAAACAUUUUAUUAAUAUAAUAUGGUAGGAAAUCGUAAAGGAAGAUGGAUUCUUGACGAGGAUAGGUUAUUAAUCCGUCUCGUAGAUGAAUAUAGCGUUGAUGGGGAAGAUAUUGAUUGGUCUGUCUUGGAACAACAUUUUAAAGGUACUAGAGAUUCCAAGCAGAUUCGCGAGAGAUGGGUUAAUCAUUUAAAUCCCAGGAUUAAAAAGAGGAAAUUUAGUGAUGAAGAGAUUAAAAUAAUUGAAGAUGAAUGUUCUAAACAUAAAUUUAAGUGGGCCAGGAUUGCAAAGAAAAUUCCUAACGCAACACCACUUAUGAUCAAGAAUUUUUAUAAUAAUAGACUAAAAAAGAAAAAUCCCGCAAAUAGAAGACUUAGUACUUCAGCCAAUAUUACUCCUUUUACCAUUAAUAAUUUUAAUCAUAAUCCAAUUACAUCUACAACUACAACCAAAUCUACCGUAGCUAAUAAUACAACUAAUAUUACUAAUACUUUUAACACUAUUAAUACUACUACUAAUAUUAAUCAUAAUCAUAAUCAUAAUCAUAAUAAUAAUUAUAAUUAUUAUAAUAACGAAUAUCUUCAGGAACAAGAUUAUAGUUAUUAUAGUGAAUCUAAUUUGAAGAGGAGUGAUAGUGCUAGAACUGUGGUUGCUGAAGAGGGUAGUUAUUCUACUAAGGCUAUGAUUGCCGAAAGUAAUUACUCCACUACCAAUCUAUCAAGACAUAGUAGUAUAAGAAGCAUAAUGUCUAAUAGUAGCGCAACAACCGUAGUCGAAAACGAACAAGAAUAUGACAAACAUCAAUUUUUUACUACUCAAAUGUCCUCCUCUCAACUUCCAUCUCCCCCUCCAUCUGCAGAAAUGAUAAAUUACACUCCUACAGAGAAUGGAAAAUUGAACUUUCUUGCUACAGUUGCUAAUAUCAUGAGCCAAAGCGAGCUCUCUUCUACAACCGCACCUUCAUCACCGAAAAAGUCAGGAAAAAUGUCAAUAAUGAAUCUUCUUUCUUAAUUUAAUACUCGUCCCUAAUAAGGCUAACCUUUAAACCCAACGAAAAUCACAUAUUUAUUUCACUGUUUCCUUUUUAUCUUUAUUAAAAGAAAGGGAGGGAGGUUUCCUCUUAUUUCUUUUUAACAUUGAGGUCAACCAUACUCUUACACAUUUACCAACCAAUUUUAAUAUUCAAGGGAAUGUUUAUAUAUACACACACACAUAUAUAUAGUGUCGUCUUAGAUACAUACAGUAUGGGAGUUUUUUUUUUAAAUAUUUUGAUAUUCUAAUUUCAGAUAUGAACAAUUUUUAGGUUUUUUUUUUUACUAUCUGGUAUUCGAUUGUAAUAUAAUUGAUAUGUUUUACAUUCUUGCACCAGUCUGUGUAACAUUGUAAAUAAUUUUUUUUUUUU